AAUUAAGGAACACACUGAUCAACCUCAGUCGAAGUGAAAUGUUGUUUUUGUAUUUCAUAAGUGUAAAGUGAGAUGUAUUUUAUAAGUGUACUGUAGCUGUGAUGGGUCAAUAAUUUUGGCACUAACAAAUGUUUCACCGUUCGAAAAAACCAAAUACCGUGAUUUUUGUACUGUUAUGAGGAAGUGUUCGAUAAUUCAUCAGCAUUUCCUUGUCGUAAAAUGGUUAAAAUGAAUAUUUCCGAUUUUAUAAUCGGCGGUGCCGCUUCCGUUGGUGCUACAUACUUUACAAAUCCAUUAGAGGUGAUAAAGACGCGAAUACAACUUCAAGGCGAGCUGUCUGCAAGUGGCACCUAUGUGAAGCCUUAUAAAGGAGUAAUAAGUGCGUUCAUUGUGGUAGGGCGUAAUGAAGGAAUAAGUGGUCUACAAAAGGGAUUAGUGCCGGCGCUAUACUUCCAAUUUAUAUUAAAUUCAUUUAGAUUAGGCUUCUACACCACGGCUAUGGAUAAAAAAUGGAUGCACAAGAAGAAUGGUGAUGUUUCCUUCCCAUUGGGUUUGUUCUGGGGCGCGUUAGGUGGCUGCGUGGGCACAUAUUUUUCUAGUCCAUUUUUUAUGAUAAAAACGCAAUUGCAAUCGCAAGCAGCUAAAGCUAUAGCAGUUGGCUACCAACACAAGCACACCGGGACUUUCCAAGCUUUGCAUGAAAUCUACGCGAAGGGUGGUAUUACCGGCUUAUGGCGUGGUUCAAUGGCUGCUGUACCACGUGCAGCUUUGGGGUCCGGUGCACAAAUUGCCACCUUCGGCACAACGAAAUCUAUGCUACGCGACUAUGGCUGGGUAACGCAACCCACAUUGAAUUCGUUCUGCGCCGGUGGUAUUGCCGGCACUAUUAUGGCAUUAGCUAUAACACCGCCAGAUGUGUUAACCACUCGCCUGUACAAUCAGGGAGUUGAUGCCAGUGGCAAAGGUAUAUACUAUAAUGGUUGGCUGGAUUGUGUAGUAAAGGUUGUGCGCACUGAGGGUUUACUUGGCUUAUACAAAGGAUUUUGGCCAAACUAUUUGCGCAUCGCACCGCAUUCGACGUUAGUGCUGCUAUUUUUCGACGAAUUAAUGGCCAUUCGAGACAAAUAUUAUAGUUAAAACUCAAAGUGUAAAUGAUAAGCAAAUUAAAUUAAGCAAUAUUUUUUCUACAUUUCGCAAUAGCUUGUUGUUGUCUUAAAUAUACCAAUUGUUAUCUCAUCUUGUUACUUGUUUUAGCUUGAUAUAACAAACAACUGUAUUUGUAUAUAAUGUAAUACAAAAAUAAAAACGAUUAUGGAAAAUAGUAAAUAUA